UAUUUGUUUAUGUGCAAAGUCUUGUAAUACCACCUUUAAACUUCUAAUCUCUUAUGUUGAGUAGCUUUACUUCAUUACGUUCCAUAAACUAAUUGCUAAUGUAAAUAUUAAUUUUUCUAACGUAUUUCAUAUGCAGACCUUUUUCUGAUAUAUAUGUUUUCUUAAUACAUGAAAAUUUCUUGGGCAAGUAAAUGACUAUAUGUAGAUGUACAGUAAGCAUUAGAUAAAUAUGUUAUUUGAAAAUUAAUCUCUCACCCUUAAUUUUAUAAUGAUUUCAAAGUUGAAAUGGAUUCCAUUAAAUUUGCUGUGUUAAGAGCAUCUGAAAUAAUAUUUCCUGGUAUUAAUAUCACCUAUGGAAGAAGGAUUUCCCGUAAGACAGAAGAAGUUAUGUCAAGUCUGCCUUUACAAAUGUGCCUAUACUUCAAUGCAAGUUACUCUCCUCUUUGGAUAGGUAUUCGUAUGGGUUGCCUUAUUUAUAAGUUUUCUGAGUUAUCUCAACUGUAUAAAAUAUUAUUGACAGCAGUAUUAGUUGUCAUGAUAGUAGUUGAAAUGACACGAUUAUAUUUGGGUUAUGCAGGAAAUUUAACAGAAAAGGUACCUGAACUAGCAGGAUUUUGGAUGCUAACAUUGUUCCUACAAUUUCCACUACACUGUUUGUGUACAUUCAGCAAAGACUUUUUAAUUUUACCUUGGGAAAUAGUAACUGAUAUGAUAAUGAUGGUGUUUCUAGUUUUAGAGAUAAUUAUUGGAUAUUUUGCUGUCAAAGUUAUUGCAAAUCAUCAAGCUUUAAAAUUCAAAUUGCAAAUGGUGAAAUAUAAUACUACUAGCACCGAAACAUUUUUAGAAUGAUACUUCUGUACUUAAUUUAAAAAUGUAUAUCUUAUUUAUUAUUAUUAUUAUUAUUAUUAUUAUUAUUUUUGGGUGUUUGUGUGUGUGUGUGUGAAGAAAUUCUUCAAGGAUAAAAGAUCCAUCUUUGACAUCAGAUUUGUUGUGUACAUCCUUUUUAUAUAUUAUUAUUAUUUCAUUUAUGAAGAUUUUAAAAGCUAAAAAAUGUACAACAUAGCUGCCAACUUUGAACGCUUUAAAACUGGGAGAUUUUGCCAAGAAAACUGUGCAUGUUGCAUGGUUACACCAUUUCAAAGGAGCACUAAACUGACUUUAAUUCAUAUUAUAAUAUAUUAUUCAAGUUAUUGUAUUAUUUGUAAUUCAGUUCGGAUGUAAAAUACAAUAGCAUUUAAUUGCAAAUAUUGAAUUUACAUUCUUUAACUCAUUUAACUCUCUUACACUUUUAUUCUGAGAAAGUCCUGAGUAGUGAAGGCAAAUAUUUACUUAUCCAAAGUAUUUUUAAUACAUUGAAAAUAAAAUUAAUAAUUAAUGCACAUGGUAUUUAUGUGCAUAAAUUUAGUAAUGUACCAUAUAUUGAUGUAAAACAAAAUUAAAUGCAAAUAUUAACAAAAUUAGGCACUGCUCGAA